GGGGCUCUUUCUUGUUUUCUUGUUUUCUUGUUUUUUCUUUUAUUGUUGGACUGCUGAGUUCGACCUGAAGUACACACACACACACAUACAAAGCGCCUUCCAUUGGGAGGUAAGACGCACACGGACACACCGUGUGUAAAGUGGGGAUUGAAGAAAUAAAUCGCAUUGAGCAUUUGAAUAAUACGAAUACUAAUAGAACCGCCGCUGUUGAGUGCUACGGCACGUAUGGCGUCAGAGGACAGCGCGUCUGCCGCCGCCGCGGCAACGGCUGCGUUGGGAGCCGAAGCACGCGAAGAGAGAAUUGACUUCUCCCAGCUGCAUCCAAGUGUUCGUUUCUACCGUGGCAUGUGGAAACUGACCCAGCUUACCGAAGGCGACGAACACAGCCCACCCAAGGCAGACGCGGCUUCUCCAUCCAGCAGACAUGACGUCCUGCCUGCAUCGUCAUCGUCAUCGCCGGCGUCGACGGCUACACAUUCUGUCGCUGCCUUGUCUGUUGUCGCGCUGCAUCAACAGCUUCUGCCUCCGGCGCCCUCCAACGGUUUAGGCGAGGUCGCAGAUGAGAGCUACGCGGCGCAGCUCGCUACUUCUGACGGUAUUGAGCUGCUGCGCGUGCACUGGCAUUUACUGCUGCCGCUGCUAUUUCCGUGUUCGAGCUGCACUUCCACGCACAUGGAAGGAGAGGCCAUCGCGUGUUUACCGGUCGAUAAAGUCACGGCGACGCAGACCUGUGAGGAGGUGUUUUGCAACGGGAAAGAAGGCACAGCACCGGAGAGCCGCUGGACCCCGCAAGAGUUGUACACGCGCGUGCGGCGGCCACUCUCCGUGGUCGACGUGGAAGUGGUUCGCGUGCCCGGGCUCAUGGAUCGCAUCUACUACAGCUACAUUGUGUUGCUCCGCUUCUUCGGCUGGCGAGUGCACGACGAGGAGCGCGGCCUACUCGAUCGUAAUCGGGCCUGGGCGGUGCGGUACGCGUUGCUGGAAAUGUACCGCGCAGGCGGUGGGGUGGAGGAGCCGAGUCUGACCGCCUCAUCCGCCGGGCAGCUGCCGCCGCCCCCGACCUACGCUGAUUUUAACUUUUACGCGGACGGCUUACCCCGUGUGCUGCGUGGGCUGCUCGACGUUGGCUUCUUACGCCUGGCUGUGCGUCUGUUGGAGUUUGUGAUGGAGGAAAUGAAGUCGGACCGGUUGUGUUUUCUGCUUCCCUUGGUGGAGGACACGCUGCUGCCGCUGCUGACGGAGCAUCCGAGCGUGGAGGCCAGCCACAAGACACGUCUAAAGAGGCAGCUGUAUCGGCUGACGCACAGCGACUCAGACUAA